AUGUCUGCAGAUCUCUUUGCAGAAUUUGGCAACCCAAAUGCCAUUGAUAAUACUGCGGUGACGAAAUCUUCAACUUCGACGAGCUACACGGCACCACGGCACUCUACCGCGAGUGGCCAAUCUACACUGAUCGACUUCACAUUCGAUAUACAGCCAGAACCGUCCUUCUCCAUACCGGGCCAUAUCCAGCAGCCACAAACGCACACCUCAGGGGAUACUGAGGUUUUGUUUGAUGCAUCGAUCGACAGUGCCCUAAGUGAAGCAAGCGAAGAUGACUGGGGUGACUUCGAGUCUGCGGAGCCUCGCCCAGCGCAAGGCGGGCUCUCACAGCCUGGUGCAACGGAUACGGCAAAAAGCAAUGUGCAUAUGAAAUCCACACCGAAACUUGGAACCCAUUUGUCCAAGCCAACUGCACCGUCUCUAGAUCUUCUAUCUAUCGAUGACACAGAACCUCCACCAAAAACACCCGUUCCGAAGCUGCCACUAUUGAGUUGCAAUGUUGAAAAUAUACCCUCAGAUACAACGCCACAAGAUGAUUCUGAACCAGUCACGGCAUGGCCUCAUUCAGACGAGGAUGAUUGGGGAGAAUUCACUGAUGGAGUUGCUAGUGAGAAUGGUCCGAAACAGACAAUGCCACUUGUCGGCCCAAUGACCUUAUCACAGCCAAACCAAAUAUCCAUGGACAUGAAAGCCCCAUCACCCAUAACCAUCAGCUCUCAGAAAGUAGUAAGACCCACGAAUAUUCCUCCCCCUUCAAUCCUUCUUCGACUAUUCCCUUCUUUAUUAGAGAAACUAUGUAACAAGGUUUCAACCUCUAAAUUACGGACUAAAGAAAUGUCCGGAUCCCUACCAGACUCUACAUUAGUCGAGGACAUUAAAAAUAGUGCGAAAGUUAUGAUCUACAUAAUAUUGGGACGCAGUCUACGCUGGAAACGAGAUUCAAUAUUAAGCCAGAGUACCAAAAUUGGACCAGCAUCUGGGAGAUCUGGUGGAAUGAAACUUAGCAGUGUUAAUAAGAGUGAGAAUAUGAGAGAAGAAAAGGAAGCAGUCGAGGUGCUCGAUAUUUGGAAUAAACGCGGCGGCCUGCUGAAUUCCGUCCUUGUUGCAGGAGGGAAACAGUCAAUUCAACUGACCUCUAGGGACUGGCAAGUGAAAACUGCUAGCGCCCAAGAAGGAGGGAUAAAUGCCAGCCAUGCAUGUGCGCUUUGCGGCCUACGACGUGAUGAGAGAAUUUCAAAGGUCGAUGAGACGGUGGAUGAUAUUUUCGAAGAAUGGUGGACGGAACACUGGGGCCAUUCCGAUUGCAGACACUUUUGGGAGGCCCACUCGGUGAAUCUUGAUCAACGCUGA